UGUCCAUGUGUCCAUUAACCGGACAGCUCACAUGUUUUUUAACAUUUUUUUUAAAUAUAGAAAUAUAGUGUAUAACCUAGAACUCUGAAUUUAAAUAAACUUGCAUUUAUUAUUAUUAAUUAUUAAAAAAUAUUAUUAAUUAUUACUCGUAAUAAUUUGAAAACAAAAAACAAAAAUGAGUACUAAUUAUGACUUAAUUAAAACCAUUGGUGAUGAUGAGGAAGUACAAAAUUUUUCUGAAACUUCUGAUGUAGAAGAUGACUAUCAACCACGUCAACAAGAAAAAAAAGAACUUAAAGAUUUUGAUAAUGAAUUUCAUUUUAUGGAUGAUGUUACUGAAUAUAAUCAAGACACGUGGGAUGAUUUAAAAAAAUAUGUAAAACGUAAAGCAAGUACAAAAUUAGAUGAUAAAAUUAAAAAAAAACGUCGUCUUCUUGAAGAUGAUACUGAAAUUAAAGAAGAAGCUAGUAAAGAAACUGGUAUAAUAUUGCCUGAAGAUGAAUUAUGUAAAGAUGCAAUUAAAACACGUGAACAAAAAAGUAAAAAGAAAAAAGUUGAAAGUGAAAAACUAGUCUGUGAAGAAAUAGUUGAUAUAAAUGAUGUUCAUUCAUUUUAUCAAAUGAAUUUAUCAAGACCCUUGUUAAAGGCAAUUGCAAAAAUGAAUUUAAUAAAACCAACACCAAUUCAAACAGCAACAAUACCAGUUGCAUUAAUGGGUCGUGAUAUUUGUGGUUGUGCAGCAACAGGUACUGGAAAAACAUUAGCCUACUUGUUACCAAUCCUCGAACGUUUAUUAUAUCUAUCAUCAGACGGUCCAGCAAUAACAAGAGUAUUAGUAGUAGUACCAACACGUGAACUUGCUACACAAGUUUAUCAAACUGCAACACAACUUGCACAAUUUUGUAAUCCAAUACAAAUUGUUUUAUCAGUUGGUGGUCUUGAUAUCAAAGUUCAAGAAGCAAUGCUACGUAAAAAUCCAGAUAUUGUUAUUGCAACACCUGGUAGAUUGAUUGAUCAUCUUGAAAAUACACCAACAUUUACAGUAGAUUCACUUGAAGUAUUGAUACUUGAUGAAGCUGACAGAAUGUUGGAUGCGCAUUUUGCUGAACAAAUGAAAUGUAUUUUUGGACACAGUGUUAAAAAACGUCAAACAUUAUUAUUUUCAGCAACAAUGACUGAAGAAGUUAAAGAUCUUGCAGCGGUAUCACUUAAUAAUCCAAUUAAAAUUUUUGUUGAUAGUAAUCAAGAAGUGGCUUUUAAUUUACGUCAAGAAUUUGUACGUAUACGUAAAGAACGUGAGGGUGAUCGUGAGGCAAUUUUAGCAGCAUUAAUAUGUCGUACAUUUCAUGAUCAUACAAUGGUAUUUGUAAAAACAAAAAAUCAAGCACAUCGAUUGCAUGUUUUACUUGGUUUAUUGGGUAUUAAAAUUGGUGAAUUACAUGGUAAUUUAUCACAACCACAAAGAAUGGAAAAUUUAAAAAAAUUUAAAGAUGAAGAAAUUGAUGUAUUAAUUGCAACUGAUGUUGCUGCUCGUGGUUUAGAUAUAUCUGGUGUUAAAACAGUUAUUAAUUUUGUAAUGCCAGCAACAAUGCAACAUUACAUUCACAGAGUUGGUAGAACAGCUCGUGCUGGUAAAGCUGGUGUAUCAGUAUCACUUGCUGGUGAAGAAGAACGUUCACUUGUUAAGGAUAUCAUUAAAAAAGCUAAAAAUCCAGUUAAAAAUCGUAUUAUACCACCAGAAAUCAUUGAAAAAUAUAAUAAAAAACUUAAAUCACUUGAGCCUGAUGUUGAAGCAAUAUUCCAAGAGCAAAGAGCUGAAAAAGAAAUUGCUGCAAUGGAAAAUAAAGCAAAUAAAAUGGAAAAUAUUUUAAAAGGUCAAGAAGAAGAACAAAGAGGAUGGUUCCAAACAAAAAAAGAACGAAACGAUGAAAAAAAACAUUUAAAAAGUUUGAGAAUAGCAAAACCAUCUCAAUCAUCUAAAUCAAAGGUAGUCAACGAUCCUGCCGAAGUUAAAGUCGAAAAAUUACUUCAAAAAGCUCAAGCAAGAAAUGCUAAGAAGUCGCAUAAAUUGAAAAAAAUACGGGCAGUCGUUGAAACAACUGGAAGACCAUCAUUUGGUGCCAAUAACAGAGGACCCAUAAAAAAUAAAUCAUCAUUUGCAUCAGAUUUAACAAACACAAGUGCAAAGGGUGUUAAAAAACUACGUUACGAUGCAAAUAAAAAACAAAAAGAAAAGUUUGGUGGUAAACAUAGUGGUAAACCAGGUAGUAAACCUGGUAGUAGAUUUGGUGGUAAACCAGGUGGUAAACCAGGUGGUAAACCUGGUGGUAGACCAGGAGGUAAACCAGGAGGUAAACCAGGAGGUAGACCAGGAGGAAAACCAGGUGGAAAAUUUGGAGCUCCACGACAAUCUAAAAAACGCUAGUUAAAAAAUUACUUUAAUCAAUUUUUUUGUCUUUAAAUAAAUUACUUAUUUUUAAAAAAUUUA